CGCUACAUCCUCCCGCUCGCCUUCGGCAAGUAUUUCGCCUCCGUCUCCGCGCACGUCUCGCUCUGGAGGGUCCCGGUCUCCUACGCGCACACAGUAAAGGCGACGAUGCCGAUAUGGGUGGUUCUGCUGUCUCGGAUCAUCAUGAAGGAAAAGCAGACGACGAAGGUGUACUUGUCUCUGAUCCCCAUAAUAACUGGUGUCCUCUUGGCCACUGUCACAGAACUUUCUUUUGACAUGUGGGGACUUAUCAGUGCUCUUGCUGCUACUCUGUGUUUUUCACUGCAGAACAUCUUCUCAAAGAAGGUGUUAAGAGAUUCCCGGAUACAUCAUCUUCGAUUGCUGAACAUCCUUGGGUGCCAUGCUGUGUUCUUCAUGAUCCCAACGUGGGUGUUGGUAGAUCUUUCUUCCUUCUUAGUAGAGAAUGACUUGAGCUCCAUGUCUCAUUGGUCCUGGACCUUGAUGCUGCUUAUAAUCAGUGGAUUCUGUAAUUUUGCCCAGAAUGUCAUUGCCUUCAGUAUUCUUAACCUGAUCAGCCCUCUGAGUUAUUCUGUUGCAAAUGCCACAAAGAGAAUCAUGGUCAUCACAGUGUCCCUGAUAAUGCUCCGCAACCCAGUGACCAGCACCAACGUCCUUGGGAUGAUGACAGCCAUCUUUGGGGUCUUCUUGUAUAACAAGACAAAAUACGAUGCAAACCAAGAAGCAAAGAAGCCAGUACUUCCAGUGACAACUGGAGACCUGGUGAAUUUGGACCGGCAUCGAAACACUCCUGAGAAGUCUCAGAAUGGACUCACAGCCUUUGCCCAACAUGGAGACUAUCAGUACGGCCGGACCAGCCUCCUCACAGACCACUUCCAGUACAGCCGGCAAAACCACCCCACCACCUACAAUCUAAAUCGUUUUGAUAUAUAGAACCCUGGCCAACAGGUAGAGACUGUCAUCUCAAAGUG